UUGACAACAGUAUGGCUUUGAACACGAAACCGUUAACAACACAAUAGAGUUCGCCAAUGGAAUUAAAUCAAAGACAAACGACACUAAAACGAAAGGACAUACAAAAAAAUACCCACACACACAAACACUCACGUAAAAGCCAAGUAGUCAGGCGAAUGAACUAACUUGCCAGUUAUAACAACAAACAAACAAAAUAUAAAUAAAUACAAUAUAAAUAAAUAAAUACAGUCUUGAAGUGAACACUGUUUUGAGUGAAGCAAAAAUUCAAACAUACAUACAUACAUAUGUAUAUGGAGCAUACAACAUAAAUUUACGUACCGAAAAAUUUUUAACUUUGUUCUACCCGGAGUAAUAGUUUAUUCUCUAUGUGUGUGUGAAUAUUGCUGAAGGCAACUCAUACAUUGUUCGGAACUCUUCAUUACACCAACUCUUGUGCAUAAGUGCAGGGCAGUGCAGUGUAGUGCAGUGCAGUAUAUUACGAUUACUCCAACGAUGGUCGCAUCGGCCGAUCCGCAGAACAUAUUGCAGAAGCUAAAAAAGUACAAACACUUAAAUGGGACAAACUUAUUAAAACCUCUACGGCAACGAACGCUGGACAUCACAUCGAAGUAUGAUAGUAUCAAUCAGAAACCUACAAUUGACGCUACCAAUAAUCUACAACAAACGCAACAAUUUAACGAUAUUGACGCCACAACAAUAGCAAAUGCUAGUAACUUAGCUGACGAACACGAAAACAGGACAAAUGAUUUUUUAGAUUUAAUACUCAAUCCCGAAUAUGUAGACCAAUUCACCGAAAUGAAUAACGAUCUAUUGUUACAUACCGUUAAUGGUACGACACAAAAUGAAGUCAACACAUCGUUUGCUGCUCUCAAUUUAAACAACAAACACAUGCCACCACCUGCUGGUGCCCUCUCAACACUUUUGACGAAAAACUCAACCUCUUUACAUCUCAACUCACCGCCAAGCAGUCUAGUAGUAGAUACUUUGUUGGGUCCCGUAAUGACUACUGCCACAGCAACGAUCACGGGAUCGACAAAUGCAUUGCGUUCUGAAGACCUGCUACUCGGUCACAUACCACCGGAUACCGAAAGUGGUUCAACCUUAACGAGCUUUUAUGCCAAUUUAUUGGCUGACAUCUCACCAUCAUCAUCAACUUUUACCGCUGCCGUGGAGACAGUUGCACCACCAACAGUGUUGAUGCCAACAUCUGAUAAUGAUACCGUUUAUUGGGAGCCUGGCAGCGCGGACUUCGAUGUGCUCUAUCGCCAUUCGCUGUCGAUGACAAUUGUCUAUUGUUUCGCGUACAUUGCUGUGUUUUUGGUCGGUUUGGUUGGUAAUAGCUUUGUGAUUGCCGUUGUGUUGCGGGCGCCACGUAUGCGUACGGUUACCAAUUAUUUUAUUGUCAAUCUCGCAAUUGCCGAUAUAUUGGUGAUUGUAUUUUGUUUGCCGGCAACAUUGAUGAGCAAUAUUUUUGUGCCCUGGAUGCUGGGCUGGCUGAUGUGCAAGACAGUGCCCUACAUUCAGGGCGUCUCUGUAGCUGCGUCCGUCUAUAGCCUAAUUGCCGUAUCGUUGGAUAGAUUCAUAGCAAUAUGGUGGCCACUUAAGCAGAUGACAAAGAGUCGGGCACGUUUCAUGAUAUUAUGUAUUUGGCUGAUUGCCUUAAGCUCGACAAUACCUUGGUUAUUAUACUUUGAUCUCGUGCCAGCUGCUGAAUCCUUUCCAGCUCCACCCAAUCUCUACCUCUGCCAAGAGGUAUGGCCACCGGGUUCGAAUGGAAAUUUGUAUUUUCUUCUCGCCCACUUAGUGGCCUGCUAUCUGCUGCCAAUGUCAUUGAUAACACUCUGUUAUGUAUUGAUUUGGAUUAAGGUAUCGACACGUUCAAUUCCCGGCGAUUCAAAGGAUGCACAAAUGGAUCGUAUGCAACAGAAGUCGAAGGUGAAGGUGAUUAAAAUGUUGGUGGCGGUUGUUAUACUCUUUGUGCUAUCUUGGCUGCCGCUCUAUGUGAUAUUUGCUAGAAUAAAAUUUGGUGGCGAACUUUCUCAAGAGGAAAGUGAGAUACUUUAUAAAGUGACGCCCUUCGCUCAGUGGCUGGGCUCUUCCAAUUCUUGCAUCAACCCCAUUUUAUAUGCAUUUUUCAACAAGAAAUAUCGACGUGGCUUCGCCGCCAUCAUACAAUCCAGAUCUUGCUGUGCUCGCAUAAGAUAUUAUGACAAUGUCGCCAUUGCCUCAUCGACAACCAGCACGCGCAAGUCGUCGCACUAUCAUCAAAAUAGCUCACGCAAGAGUCCGAGCAGCCCUGGCUUACGUAAGACUAAUGCCGUCUCAUAUAUCUAUGAACACCAAUCACUGCGCCGUCAUCAUCACAAUGCUAUGUUGAAGCAGGAUAGCAAUUUAUCACAGCAAAUGUUGUUGAAACAGGACUCACAUGGUUCGCGACAAUUUUUAAUUAAACAAGAGAGCGCUUCUAGUGAUGGAUCGCGUCGUUUGCUUUGCCAACAAGAUAGUAAUGGUUCGAAAAUUUCACUGUCCAAACAGGAUUCGAUUGUCUCAUAUAUGGAUGCUAAACGUGCUGGUUUGGAUAAGGGUCAGGAUUCCUGUUCCACCCAGGAUAAUAUGUCUAUAGAUUCACGACGUGGUACAAGCUUCAAAUUGGACGCAUCACAUAAUUAUGGAUCGCCCAGCACAAGUGCUGCCAUGUUGGAGUAUAAGAGACAGAAAUUUGUCAAGCAAGAUUCGGUGAUUUCUUUUGUUGAUCAAAGGCCUGAGCCUAGACGUCAUCAGUUGGUCAAACAAGAUUCUGUUAUUUCCUUCGCCGAUCAACGUCGAGGUGUGCUCAACAAGCAGGAUUCAAUUAUUGCAUGCCACAACCGUCCAGGCGACGGUAUUGGUCAUCAUGUUUCGAUACUAAAGAAAACAGAAGCGUCACUGGGCGGAGCACUUGCAUCGCCGAGACGAAAUAUAGAACUAUAUGAGUAGUUUAUUAGAACAUAAUAAAUGAUUGCAAACAUAAAAAAUAAAAUUACAAAAAAAUAGUGAAGAAUAAGAAGUUAAUGUAUGAAACGAUUAUUUAAUUUAAGAGUAAAAUAUUUAUAUCAUAAUUGAUUAGUCAUUCUGCUAUACAUAUUACAAAAAUAAAAGUGGAAGAAAAAUUAAAUGAAAAA